UGAGAGUUGUUGACCAUGAUCAGGAACAAACUGAGUUUUACUGAUCUUUGAUGUCACUUCCAUUCUUUAAUGUUGUGCUAAGCUUAUGCUGGUUUGGAUGGAAUGACUUUGGCAAGAAGUGAGAGAGAAUGGACCAUUCUCGUAAACGAAGUAAGGUUUUUUUCUUAACUCAAGAAUCAGCUGAUUUGAUUUCACUUUCCUUCGGCACAAUUGUCCUUAAACAACAGUGAACAGUUUCUUAUUUCAUUUUUAAUUCUUACCUUUUUGUAAAGCUGCGACUAAAAGCGAUACGGUGAGAAUUCAGUUUUCUGAUACCAGUGGUCGGGAAAAACAAUGAGAAUACCUUCACUGGGAUAAUGCUAAAAAAGCUAAUGUUUAUCUUAUCAACAAGUAUUCUCUUAGCAUUACUCGAGGUAAUUCAGUGAUGUUGAAAUGGUUUUGGGCCAAUUUGGCAAUUUGGGGCGUGAAUUAUUUUGUAGGUUUGCUUUCAAAAAGCUUAACUAGUCGGCAAAAAGUGCAAGACUGCUUAUGAAAUGAAAGUGAUCUUUAUAAAGAUUUAUGUAUCAAAUGAAUAUAGGCGGAAAGCAAAGCAUCGAUCAGAGUGUUCAUGUAAAUCGCAAGCUGUUCUACUACUUUUCUCAGUUUACCUGUUGCAUUACUAAUUUAUUCAAAUCGCAAAUGAAAAUGAUUGUUUGUACCAACAGCUGUUAGUAUGCAAAUAGCCCUGUCACGUUUUUCACAUGCAAAAUGUCCAAAUCUAUAGCAACAGAGCGGCCGUCGACAUAUUCACCUUUCCCCGCUUAGGUCAGACGUACCCCACCCCCCUCCUUAAAGUCCACUUGAAAUUUUGCUGCCCAGAAAGUCACAGCACUCCAGAAGGAAUACUGACAUGCACUUACGUAAAGAUAUCAGCUGUAUCAACACAAUUUACUGGUUUUAAAACAUGGUAGAAACUUCAUUAUAUUUCUAAAAUAUUUCAAAGGGAUAAACCAAUGACAGCACAUUUGUGAAGUAAAAACUGUUUUAUUAUCUCCUACACGUUUCGUGUGACUAAUGCUCACUUUAUCAGGGAGUUUUACGGUACAACUAAUUAUGAGAAUAUCUGUAUAUACUGAUAAUAAUAUUAGCCUAGUGAGGAAGAAUUCGAGGAAAUAAACUGGGUUUGCCACUUGUGCUAACACUGUUAAGAUAGACUGUUGCUCAUUAUAAAAGCUAUCGACUUUAUACCUUAUUCAGUUUAAGUCAAAGUAUUGUCAUUUGUGGUAAGAUUGAAUUAUGAUUGCCUUGGAUUUUGUCCAAUGAGGCUGUGAACGGAUUCUUAAAAAAAAAAUGCUGACGUUGGAAGUAUGUUUUGAAAAAAGAUUCCAGUUGUAUUCUGACAAAAGUAUUUACAAUAAUUAUUAUCAGUAAACUAACUAUAAUUUUUGGUUUUUUAACAAUUUAUUAGUGAUUUAGGAUAGGGUUUAAAAAAUCACCAUAUACCAGUAUAAUAUUCAAUUUGCUGGUCGUUAAGAGCAGAGUUUUAUAAAAGAUCACAGUUUUCAUUCACUUCUUUAAUUGGUCGUGCUUUUUCUUAAAAAAAAUGUCACACCGGUGCCGCUCCCCACGUGACGUAAAAUUUAUGAAAAUGCAUCAGUUUGCUUUUGUCCAAAAAUGUCCUGUACUGAUGUCCACUUCCUUACCCCCCUCCCCCCUAAAUGUCCAGCUGACAUUAAGCGGGGAAAAAGUGAAUAUGUAAACAGCCCCUAAUUCUCCUGGACAAAUCAGAUAGGGUAAAAGACUUAAAAAUUAUCUUUACACUACUUCCCUUCCCAGGGUAAGGAGAAAAUUUGAAUUUAAGAGAAUUUUGUCUUUCUACCCACAACUUGAAUGAGGCCCUGUCAGAUGUUGGUGAAGUAAAUCUGAGCUAUGUCUUUCUACUUUUUAGGCAGCAAUUUUUUCAAAAAUUCCUAAGACAUGAACAAUGUCCACCCCAGCCUACCCAAGUAACAGUUACCUAUAGUACUAGGGAGCUUAAGCAACAACGGCGACGGCUACGAAAACGUCACUUAAAAUGUGAAGUCACACUACUUCAAGCUUAAUCCUGCUUAUUCCAUCUCAUUCAAUUUGUGAAAUGUUGGUAAUUUUCUCUGGAGCUGAAUUCUAGAGCUCUGUAUCAAAGUUCAGGAAAAGAAAAUGAAAGUCAUUGUCUUGUGUUCGCGCCCUCCACAAAAUGUGAAAUUAGGUAUUUUCACGUCGUAGUCGUGCAGUGACUUCAAAGAAUUCUACAAAAAAGCGUGAUGCACAUGCAGAGCUGUUGUUUUGCCAAUCUAAACCUUGCUUUUUUUCCAUUCUUGUGGAAGUCGCAGUCGUCGUUGCUUAAGCUCCCUACUGGUAAAACAGUGACUCCCUGCUCAAGGCCCUGUUAAAAUUGAAUUCCAACAAGUGACAUGGCCUUGGAACAGCAACAUACAGUCUGUAAGGCGAAUGAAAUGGCGAGACAUACAUGAAUUUGGCUUGAAACUGUUACAGCUACAGGGAAAAUCACAAAUACAAUAGUAAAAUACCAACAGAGACAUGGCCUGGUCUUCCAUAGGUAUGCGAAACGACCACUUUUGAAAUUCAGACGAGGGACAUACAUACCCUGCUAAGAGGGCCUUCUCCUUGGGAGCAGAAGUGAACAACUUGUGAGGAUUAUACAUGUAGAGCAAAUCACAUUAUAGUUGUUAAUAUACUACCAAAAACUGUUCCUUUUUAUAGAAAAUGUUUUGUCCAAAAGGGGAAAAAAAGAAAAGAAUCUUGAUAGUCAAAUCAAGUUUGUUUAUAUUGUGGUUCAUUAUCUUGACCAUGUACAUAGCUUAAGACAUUGUAAGCUGUUGGGUCAAUUUGUUUAAGGCCUGGGAAAAGAUUGUUUCCUAGUCAAGGGUGGACUAGCCUGUAUGGUUCUUUGGUACCCUUCUAGUUCUUCCCUGCUGCUCACUUGUGUCAUUAUUAUUUAUUAUAUUAUAUGCAGUAAAAUGGAUUAAAUUAAAUUAAUUAAGAAUUGAUUCUAAGCCUCUUGAUGCAUGCUUCCUUAUUCAGGGGGAAUAUCUUGACAAGAAACUACUUUUACAUGUACUUUAUUGUCAAUUGUGUGAUUAUUUUGUAAUUUGUAGUAUAACGUUUGCAAGAAGAAGCUAAAUAGCAAAAGAGAAGCUCUCAAGAUUUUAACAAGUGACUUGGAAUUAUGCCAAAGGGAAAGAGACAUUUAUAAAUCGAAGAUAAAACAACUGGUAAGUGAGAUAACAAGUUAAAAAACAAUGGCAAGUUGUGUUAUGAUAACAUGUCCCUGUACAACAGCCUUAGGGUGCUAUCCAUUUGUCAGAACUGGCCGGCCGGACUAUUGCCGGACCAGUCAGUUAGCAAAUGAAAUCAGCUUUUUCAAAAGGUUUUUUGCUGAAAACCAUCUCCUUCGUGCAUACUGUUUAGGAUUUGACUGAUCUCACUGGAUGGUUUUGAUUAACGGUGAAAUUCUCAUCACGACGGGAAUGGUCUGGCUGGUCAGUUCUGACAAAUGGAAAGCCCCCUUAGUGCAAUAAAAUAAAAUAACUACUUAUAAUAUUCAUUUUGUCAGUGGUGGCACAUCCACUUAGAGGCUCUUUAUUUGUCAUUUCUGAUCAAACUGCCAGAUUUUAGAAAAUUUUGGUUUUUGAGCAGACCUGGCCUGGGGCCAUCGGUAAAACCCCAGUAAUUUGCCAGUAGAAUAAGGUGACACCAAAUGUCAAAAGUCCAGGCUGCACCCACUUAUUCUCUCUGGUCUUCUGUAGCUAAAAGAGGUUGAGGAUUAUAAACGAAAGGAGAGAGAACAAGAAAACAAGCAAGCAGACAAAAAUAAUGCACAGACACCUACUAAAAAGGUAGUUCAGAAUUCUUGGUAUUAAUUGAUAACCAGUGACUAACAGUUAAAUUAAAAGUUAGUUUAUAUGUGUUACUUAACAGUAUCAGUAACACAUAUAACAGUCUAUUUCUUUUCCCUUCUUUUUCUUCCCUUCUUUUUAUACAUGAUAAGUCUUUUUUUAAAUUGCUUGAGCUAGCUUGUAUGUUUUUAAUGUUCCCGAAUAGUGCUUUCCUGCCGCUAUCUGCUUGGUUGUGUGUAAUGUAUUCAUUGAAAAUGGAUUAAAUUAUAUUAAAUUUGGCUAUCUUGUCAAAGAUUAAUAAACAUUUCUCUCAAAAUCCUAUCAUGGCACCUGUUGGCAAAGGUUUGGUUGAAAAUUUAUCAUUGUUCUCUGGUUAUGACCGGGUAUUAAUUGUGCUCUUUAGAGAGGUGCCUCAUUCUGUGGUCAGAGUGUGUGGGAACAAGAGCUUCAGAAUGUCAGAGAAAGAAAACAAAAGGUGACUUACGUUUUAUACUCCAUUAGCAUUCUAAGUCCAUACUUGUGGUAUUGAAAAUUAUGAAGGUAUACAUUUCUCUAAAUUUUAUUUUGUUGAAAUUAAGUACAUGGUUGCGAGAUUUAAGAGUAGGAUAUUCCAAAAACCUGGAAUAUAUGAGUUUGUGUUCUAGCUAUCUCAAUUAAGAGGAUUACCAUUUAUUUUAAUAAUAAUAAUACAGUUAUCUGACACAAAGUACACUGAAGUCCCAGAAGAAUGCACCCAUCGUUUUUAGGGCUCCAAAUGUAAUCUGAUCCUUUAAUUACAUGUUUUUGUUUAUGUUCUCAUUGUAGACAUUAUCACAGUUAUUGUGUGAGUCACGUGGUGAAAACAAGGCGCUGAUAAAAGACCUAGCUGAGCUGCGUCAGCUUUACCGUGAUGCUCAGGAGGAUAUACAGCUACUGCAUGAUGCAUUAGCUAAACAAAAGAACUGUAACUGUGGACUCAAAGCUGGUGCCAAUGGCAUGGAUCCACGUCAGGAUCUCAUUUCCCAACUUGAAGAAAACCAAGAGAAGGUAUAGAAAUGAGGCAUACACCCAGUAAAUUUUGUGCUAACUUAUUAUAUUUAAAAAAUGCACUUUAUUUGAGUGGCAAAAAAGUACUAAUUGAGGACACUAUUUUUAUGUCUCCUGCUGGAGAUGGGAACACCAUUUUUGUCCAGCCGUUUGCAUGCAGAGCAAAGGUAUUCCUUUUUUUUCCUAGUUAGUUUAAGACCCUGAGUAUUUGUCUGGAUGCUGGAGUCAAACCCAUGAGCUAAUCCAGGUGUAGAAGCCGUGUUUUUUUUGGCAUUUCAUUGAUAGCAAACCGAGGCUAUGAUAGCAUGCAUGGUUUAAAAAAUUGCCUUGCCCAGGGUUACUUGCAGACUCCCACAUGAAGGGUGAGUUUGCAAGUGACGCUGGAGAUGGCCCCACACCCUCUGUAUGGGUCUGGGCACAACGUGAUGCAAGAAAAUUUUGGAAAAAUAUAGCCUAUAAUAUCAUAUGUGAUCGAUUUCCAAAUACAGUUGAACUUCCGUGUGCGACCUCCUCUCGUGAGCAACCACCUCCCAUAAGUGACCGCCUAUCUAAAAAACACCAUACCUCCUCCAGACAAAACCUUACAGCUGGAACCUCUAGUAAGCAACCUCAUCCACUUUUUGGACCUGAAAGUUUCAUGAUUUACCAUUGUUUUUAAUCUUCUGUAAGUGACCACUUAAUGCAUUCUGAUCUCGACAAUGUAUAUACACUGUGUGCACUAUGGUACUUAGAAUAUAUGAAGAACUUUAGUGACAACAUGGAACUACACAUGGCAUAACUUGGAAAUUGCAUGCAAUAAAUUAUCUUCCAUAAAGUAGAUGAGCCCGGACCUCUUCUCAGUAGAGGCCCCCUGUGGUUCGAUUCUUGUAAGCGACCACCUCCAGUAAGCGGCAAGUAAGUCUUUGCAUUUUGGGUAAUUGCUUACGGGAGGUUCGAGCGUAUGCCAAAGAGAAACUGCCACCUGCUUCUCAGAUCUCGAGCCAUCUUUUCUAAAAGAAAAUGAACUGGGCUCCCAAUAGUAAGGGUUUUUAUGUACAGGGUGUAUCACCAUCAUCUACAGUCAUGAGCAGUGGUUUUGAACAAAAUUAUAAGGAACUAAAGUUCCUCUGGGUAUUCUUUCCCAAAACGUCACUGUUGCUUUUGUUUUUAUCGAGUAUGUAAACUAUGUUAAGAACAUGAUUGUUUGGCAUCAGUAGAAAGAAUUUUGGACUCUUUAUUUAAUUAUAUUAAUUUGUACAACUUAGACUUUGAUCAAACAUUUAAGAAGAAGAAAGAACGUUCAUCAACAAAGUAUAAAAAUGUAGUAUGAGCCAUCUGAUAUAUUAUAAUUAUUUUGUUGUGUAUAGUUGGUGGAGCUGGGGAGAGAGAAACUUGCCAUAAGUGAUGAGAAAGCUGAGAUUGCUAUGGAGGUAUGAACUGAAUUUUUUAUUUGACCCCUUAAACCCCAAGAUCAAAACUUGAAUUCUCAUUUGUUACCCCUAUUCAUUUCCUACAGAAGUAGUGGGGAGAAGUUGAUAAAAUAUCAAGUAAAUCUUGUGUGAUCAUGUCCAUAAUUCUCAUGAUCACUCUGUUUUACAAAGCAUUGAUAUUACAAGGAGAAAUUUGAUGCUGAUCACAAUAGGGCUUAACAGGUUAAUACAAUGUAUAUGAUAAUAAUGCUAAAUCGGCAUGGAACAGUGUUAUUGUCUUUUUGUAAAGGUAAUAGCACGAUUUGUGGUGAUAUUUGGCAUAAAUACCACGAGUGAUAUUUCGAGAUUGUAAUACAUAAUUUCACGAGCCGUUAGGCGAGUGAAAUUUGAGACAAUUUGGAAAUAUCACAAGUGGUAUUUAUACCUAAUAUCACGUACAAAUCAUGCUAUUAUUUGUUUAUACUACUACCUGCAAAGGUUUUGUAAUUUUUCACAUGUAGGUAUUUCAAAUUAAGCUGAAAUACCACUGCUCUAAGCCAAUCAAAUUGCAGAAAUUUCUCAUGUAGUAGUAUAAAUACAGUAAUUUUUUUGUUUCUUCCUCAAAUCAGAAGCCAUUCUUUCCUUAUAAUUAUGCUUAAACAUUAACGCUCCUUAUGCUUUAAAUAUACUGUUGGAAAGAGGACUUAAGAGAGUUAAAUAUUUCUGUAAGAGGGAGAAGGUCCAAGUCAGAGGCUUGCUUUCUCUUCAUUUCCUUAGUCAAGAAACUUUGCCCAACCUCGUUCCCAGGGUUCUCUCCUACCCCUUUGCCCUUUACCAAAGUGUAUAAAUUACCUGUUACCGGUGAUCUACUGUUUGGGGUAGCCAGCCCUGCGAUGGACUUGCCAUCCCAUUCAAGGCGAAGUAGAAAUACUCACAAUUCAAGGUUACAACCCUGGGGUACUCUGUAUAAUGGCCUAUACGGAGCAGCUCUGCUCAAAAAGGGUACCAGUUGUGGAUCCACACCAGUUUCCACAGUUUUAUGGAAAUUGGUCAGAUUUUUCAUAAUAGAUACAUAAAUAGUCCUCAUAAAUCUGCCGAUUUGCAAGGCCUCAUCUGAAGAGAAUGGAAUGGGCCAAGUUAAAUCCAAAAAACUUCCUAGGAAACAUGCCUCCAGACCCCCCAUCCCCUCCUCCCUCUCCCUCCACCCCCUGAAAAGCUUAUGCUUUGGCGCUCGUGUACGAAAUCAGUCAGUAUUCAUCCUAGAAUCGGGCCUGGGUUCAGGCUUCAUGUAUAUGAAAGGGUAGGGAAAUCUCCCAUUACACUCUGUAAAAAGGCCCAUAAGGUCUAACAGAUGCAUUUUAUGACCGCGAAGGAGUCAAGAAAAUGUUCUGGGCCGAGUUGUUCAAUGCUGGGUUAAGAUAACCCAAUUUGAAUUCAGAUAUGAAAGCUUAGAAAGCAUUUCAGUUUUAAUCCUUUUUGUCUACAAGUUGAUGAUUGGAAGCUCUAUAAAUAGCACAGAAAAUUAUCUGACAAAAUGCUUUUGAACACAAGAAAAAGAAACCUGGGUUAAAUUUAACCCCGGGUUAAGCGCUAAUCGGCCUUCGAACAAUUGGGCCCUGGUUUGUAAUUUAUUCAUUUUAAAGACAGUGUGUUUACAGCAGUUAAAGGCAUGCAAAGUUCAAAACUAGGUAUGUUGAAAGGGGCACCUUUUCUGUUAGCCUGCGUCGCAGACGUAAUUUAACUGCGGUUAGUAAAGUCUGCGAAGCAGCGCCGAGAUCCUUGUUCAGGACUACCAACGUAACGGACUCAAUGAAUUACCGGAAGUACCUUUCGAAUUUCCUUUCAUCUUGAUUGGCAAGUCGAAAAUGGUAUUUUUAACAGGCCAAUCAUGGCGCAUACUCAAAUGCCAGUACACAGGUGGGGGCCGAGAACAAGGAUUUCAAUGUUUCACAGACGGACUUAACCAGGGUUUAGUUUCGUCUGCGGCAUAGGCUACUUUUCUGUGAAAAAGGAUAUAUGAAAGGGUAAGGGAUUGGACCUCGGGGCGGAGUCUCCCCGUAUAAACAUUUUUUGGGUACCCCCAUGGGGGGUACAACCUCAUGUUACAAUUGGGUUAACUGGCCUGUGAUAUCAUGAGCAUCUUAACCUCUUCAUGCUAUUUGGCAAAACAUUUGGAAUGUAAAGUCUCAAAUUGUUAGGAUACGAUUUUGGGAAACUGCCCACCUACCCUUCCCCUAAGCCAACAUGGUCCUAUAUGUUUUUAUCCAUUUAGAGAGAUCACUAUAAAGACAAGUCAGACAGACUCAACACACAGCUUAACUUCAUCCUUGGUGCUGAUGAUAGGAGACUAGUCGAUAUAGACUCCGUUCUUAUGGAAAACAGGUUGGUGUGACAGUUUGCUAACACGUUUUGCAAGUUGUGGUCAUCACUGUAACUUGUGACGUGGUAAAACUAUCCAUGUCACGUAGAGUAAGCUUAAAAUGACAGUUCCAUCAAAUCCGAAUUUCUAUGUAAAGCUUAAACGCUAAAACACGUUUUAAGUGUUGUCCAGUUGUAAACCACGGUUGCAAAUCGUCGGUAUCCGGUCACCUCGCCACUAAACCAUCUCCCCACCAACGAAAGUGCCACCAAGAAGUAGACUUGCCAACAAGACACAGUCUAUUUACCUAGGAUUACUGAGUCAAGGUCUCAGGCGAUAACACCGGUCCGUCCAUCAUAAAACCAGAAGAUGGUUACCAAAAAUGUAUGCCCAGGAUUCUUGACUUCUCCCAUCUUCAUGCGGCUCUGCCGCCAAAAAACUACAGCACUCGCCUGCCAAUCCUGCCAGCUUCGCUGACAUUACAGUUACAUGUAGUGGCGAGUUACUUGAAGGCGACUCGAUUUUUUGUUGGCGAGUUGCUUGCUGACGAGAUGUUCUGGUGGGAAAAUGACCGUAAAACAAAUCGUUUACUUCUUAGACGUUUCUUUACUGAUUUACCUGUAUGUCUACUUCAAAGCACACUUUAAUAGAGCUUCCUUCAACCCAAGCUACAGAGUGUAAAAUUCAGUUUGUUAGUUGCCCCUUCCCUAAUUCUCAUGUUUUCUUUACGCAGUUUAACCUUACCUGUUUGCAAUGUUUCUUUUAAGUCAAAGUUGCAAAUAAGAGAAAAUUCUGCAAAUGUCUGUAUGUUAGAAGAUUCCAUGGGUCAUGAAAUAUUUUAAUGAAGCUGUCGUUUCAAUUUUUUCUCAAUUUAUUGUUCAAGGUAUUUAAAGGAGCAAAUUAAGCAACUUAAGGAAGAAAAGAGCAUGGCGGUAUCUGCUUUAGCUAGAUACAAGGUGAGGCAAGUAGAAGAAUAGAAGACAGUUCUUCGAAAUAUCUUUAUAUUACUACGAGAUCUGAUUUGUAUAUCUUGUUGCUUACUAUUCCAGCUUUUUCGACUGGAAAUUUUCUUUUUAUUGUGAACGGUUUGAACCCAGGAGUUAUAAGUACAGUGGAACCUCGAUGGGCCAAGGGACUGGCAAAUCAAUAUGUUAGCUAUAACGAGGUUCUUUUUCAUAUAUUUUACUAUGACUGGGGUGAAGAAAACGUUCGUUAUACCAAGGUACUUCAUUAUAUCGAGGUUCAUUAUAUAGAAAUUCGUUAUAUCGAGGUUCGUUAUAUAGAGAUUCGAUAUAUAGAGGUUCGUUAUUUAGAGGCUCGUUAUAUCGAGGUUCUGCUGUAGGUGGAAUGUU